AUGUCACGAUUAACACCAUAUAGAGUUUUUGAAGUUACCGUCUUCUUCUGUGUUGUAUGGACCUUCUUAACCACAUUGUGCUGGACAUGGUUCUUAUGGACUGACCAUAUGGUAAAAUCUUCAGAUAUUUCAACAGUUCAAGAAUAUUGGGAACCAGUUGUCCGUCUGGAGUCCGAUCUAUUGUUUGAACCGUUACGGCUCCAGAAUCCACUUACUCGCGUGUCGCCCAGACCCAAAGUUACACCAGUUUACAUUGUAGAAGAACAUCACGAAGUUUUAACAUAUUGGUAUAAUGCAGCCAAUCGAGGUCUCUUACCAACACAGAACAACACGUUGUUCCAUAUUGAUGCCCAUCAAGAUGGAGCUUCACCUGAGAACUGGCAGGCGGUUCCUUUUUUCCGAUUUCCGGUUUCAGAGCAUGAAAUACGCCUUAUGAUGCAACAAAACGACGCCUUUAUAUUUGAGUCAGUUAUAACUGGGUUUAUCAACAGAUGGAUCUACGUCUUCUCUUCUUGGGAUCCUGAACAGAAACUUGAGGACGAUUAUUUAAUAUAUACAAAAUAUAUCGGUGCUUAUACUAUGGCGUCCGAGAAUAAGACGAAUGCCAUUUGCGAGUGUGACUUUGAAGAAGAGCAGAGAUACUGCAUGCUACAAAUUGGAGAUCGCGAAUCUCAGCAGUCAAUCGAAAUUCCGCCUGAUCAUUGCGAUAUAAAGCGAAUAGUCAAAACGGAAUAUAUGUCAGAGCAGAAGGCAAUCGAACUUCUGAAGACCACAGAUUGGUUGUCACCGACAGAAAACUUGGUUCUGGACAUCGAUGAAGAUUUUUACGGCUGUGAAGCGAGUUGUAUGCCACUGUAUGAUGUAGGUAUACUGGAACCAGAAAUACAAAUGUUAAAGGGGUUGAUAGCUCGUAUAUUCUGUCCAAUGAAUACGUUGCAAGAGCGUAAAUUGGACCAGAUAUUUUACCGACUAACUCAGCGAUUCAUAGGCUGGAAACCAAACAACCAGAACAAGACCAAGUUCCUGCAGGAGAAGAAAGAAUUCAUUGAAAUUGUGAUUAAAGAAGUAGAAACGGUUGUUGAUAUGAACAAAGUCCAAAAGUGUCACAGAAAUACCCUCUUUCGGGCAUAUUUACGUAUGCUUUUAAAGAAAUUCGAAAAAUAUACAGACGAUCAAUUGCGCGCCCUUGGUGAGGUAGGACUUUGCUUAGGAGGUACCCCAAAAGCAGCAGAAUUUGAGUAUCAAAGGGGUGCAAGGAUCUGUGAUGGAUACAAUCGACCAAAUGAAUCGAUGGUAUAUUUUCACACUCCGACGGUUCAAGAAAUUAUCGAUCGCACAAUCCAGCUAGGAGAGAUUCUUCAACUCCUUCCAGAGCCAGAUGUAGUGACAAUCUGUCGAUCCAUGAGAGAUGGCUACACUCCUAGAAAGUUCUUCCAUAAAAUAGAACACGAUGUAUUGAAACUGCUUGAAGACAAUUUUGAGAAAGUAACUAACGAUUCUGUGCAUUAUGAUAAUGAUUUACUUGGUGGAAGGUAUGGGUGGCCGGAUAGGCAUGAAGUAUGA